CAAUCAGACCUUUCUCUCUCUCUCUCCCCUCCUCUUCCCUCGCCAGCUCUUUCUCCCAGCCAAACAAGCAAAACCCCCAAAGCUCCUCAGGUUUUCUGUUUCCCCAUGGCUUCCCACCAUCCUCCACCACCCCUCUCACUUUCUUCUCCCACCACUCUUCCUUCUCACCCUCUAACCACACUUCCCUAUCCCCACCGUACAUUUCCCGAAUCGCCACCUUCAACCGAUCGCAACCGCCAAUUGGACCGCUACAUUGCAAUCCGUCAGUCGAUUUCUCCGCUUGGAGGGUGAAGACGGCCGGUAUGAGCAGAGAGCAUCUCCAAAUUCUCUCUGUUAGGGUUUUCUCUUUGCUCGUUUUCUCCAGCUUCUUCUUCAGCUCGCCUCUGCCCCGAGCGGCGGGGCAGGAUUCCGAAGGCCGCGAUGGUGGCGGCAGAGUGUAUGACCUCGCCACCGAGCUCGUCUUGAGCCGCUACUCCAAUCUCACCCAUGUCUUCCGUGAUGAACUCCUCAAAAAGUUUGGCUUCUGCAUCAUCGACGUAGACGAGGAUUUGAAUGGGGCUUUCAAUUUCUCACAAGAUUCAAGCUUCAUUACCAACUGUGCUAAAAAAAUGGCAGGUGGAACGAUUGGGGAGGUUUUGGGUCGAUUGUGCACAGCCGCAGAAAUGCGGAUCUACGCUGGUGGUAUAUUGCAAACCAAGAAGACCACAUACUUAAAACCGAACAAGAACUGUAAUCUGUCAGCAUGGAUUUCUGGAUGUGAGCCUGGGUGGGCUUGUGCUUCUGCGGAGCAAGUUGAACUGAAAAAUCGAACUUAUGUGCCUGCCAGAACUGUCGAGUGUCAACCUUGUUGUGAGGGUUUCUUCUGCCCGCAAGGUCUUACUUGCAUGCUCCCUUGCCCAAAGGGUGCUUACUGCCCACUUGGAAAACUCAAUAACGGAUCUGGGAUAUGUGAGCCAUACAGCUAUCAGCUACCUCCUGGGAAGCAAAACCAUACUUGUGGAGGAGCAGCUAAGUGGGCUGAUGUCGUUAGCAGUAGAGAGGUAUUCUGUACCGGUGGAUCAUAUUGUCCGUCAACCAUCCGAAAAAUCCCUUGCAGUAGUGGACACUUUUGCAGGCAAGGUUCCACAACUGAGGAAGAUUGUUUCCGGAUGGCGACUUGUAAGUCGCAUUCAGAAAAUCAAAAUAUAACUGCAUAUGGUAUCAUGAUUUUUGCAGGAUUAAUUUUCAUCUUUCUCGUUAUAUAUAAUUUUUCUGACCAAGUUCUUGCCACCCGAGAAAAAAGACAAGCAAAAUCCAGGGAAAGAGCAGUUGAAAGUGUAAGAGAAAAUGCACAAGUGCGUGAAAAAUGGAAAUCUGCAAAAGACAUUGCUAAGAAGCAUGCAGUUGGACUGUCAACACAGUUUUCACGUACAUUUUCUCGCAGAAAAUCCACCAAGUCAGACCCGCUGAGAGGAUUUGGACAGGCUAAACCUGGAUCAGAUGCUGCCUUGCCAUCUAUGCCAACCGAGAUAGGUGAGCAAUCAGCUGGAACAUCUAAAGGAAAGGAAAAGGAAAAAAGAAACCUCACACAAAUGAUAAAAGCAAUUGAGGAAGACCCAAAUAGUCAUGAAGGCUUCAAUCUAGAAAUAGGAGAUAAAAACAUUAAAAAGCAAGCACCCAAAGCACCGAAAGGUAAGCAGUUGCAUACUCAGAGUCAAAUAUUCAAGUAUGCAUAUGGUCAAAUUGAGAAGGAAAAGGCAUUACAGGAGCAGAAUGCGAACUUAACCUUCUCCGGGGUCAUACAAAUGGCUGGUGAUCUUGAAAUCAGGAAGAGACCUCCAAUUGAGGUUGUUUUUAAAGAUCUAACUCUCACGUUGAAAGGGAAAAACAAACAUCUUUUGAGGUGUGUGACUGGGAAAAUAUCGCCUGGCCGGGUUUCAGCUGUCAUGGGUCCAUCUGGGGCUGGAAAAACAACAUUUCUUUCUGCCUUGGUUGGAAAAUUGAGGGGGUGCACAGUGAGUGGUAUGAUACUUGUAAAUGGAAAGAUGGAAGCUAUCCACUGUUACAAGAAAAUCAUUGGCUUUGUGCCACAAGAUGAUAUUGUGCAUGGAAAUUUGACAGUUGAAGAGAAUCUCUGGUUUAGCGCAAGAUGCAGACUCUCUGCUGAUCUGCCUAAACCAGAGAAGGUCUUAGUCGUUGAAAGGGUUAUUGAAUCUUUGGGUCUGCAGGCAGUGCGGGAUUCCCUGGUUGGAACGGUGGAGAAGCGAGGAAUCUCUGGAGGUCAAAGAAAGCGAGUAAAUGUUGGGCUGGAAAUGGUCAUGGAACCAUCACUUCUAAUUUUAGAUGAACCCACAUCUGGUUUGGAUAGUUCGUCUUCUAUUUUAUUACUGAAAGCUCUUCGACGUGAGGCUCUUGAAGGAGUUAACAUUUGCAUGGUUGUCCACCAACCUAGCUAUACCUUGUUCAAGAUGUUUGAUGAUUUGAUCCUUCUGGCUAAAGGGGGACUUAUGGUGUAUCAUGGACCAGUGAAGAAAAUUGAAGAGUACUUUGGUAGUCUUGGGAUUACUGUCCCUGAGCGUGUCAACCCUCCAGACUAUUUCAUUGAUAUUUUGGAAGGCAUAGUAAAACCAAACACAACCACAGGGGUCACCUAUAAGCAACUACCUGUUAGAUGGAUGCUUCAUAAUGGGUACCCAGUUCCUAUGGAUAUGCUUCAGAGUGUUGAUGGGAUGGCUGCAUCCGCAGGUGAAAAUUCAGCUCAUGGAGGAAGUACUCCAAAUGCUGGAUCCGAGGGACAGUCCUUUGCUGGAGACUUUUGGAAGGAUGUCAAGUGUCAUGUUGAGGUGAAGAAGGACGCUUUAAAACAUAAUUUUAUAACGUUAAACGACUUAUCUGAGCGGACUAGCCCUGGCGUGUUCCAGCAAUAUAAAUAUUUCCUUGGAAGGGCCUGUAAGCAGUGGUUACGAGAAGCUAGAACACAAGCUGUAGAUUUUCUGAUUUUAUUGCUAGCUGGAAUCUGCUUAGGAACAAUUGCCAAAGUGCGCGAUGAAACCUUUGGUGCACUUGGUUAUACAUACACAGUCAUAUCAGUUUGUUUGGGCCGAGACAGGAUAACCCGAAUUGAAAGGUCAUGACUCUCGGACAGUAAUGAUUCCUCUGGCGAGUUGGCUCUCAGCCCAAAAGAGUGCUGAUUCGACCGACUCCCUAUAAGAGUAGGACUAUUAAAGGAUCAGGCUGAGGUGUGGCUUGGUCAUGUCGUAAGUGAAUUAAAAUUGCUAAGGAUCAUGAUAGGUUCUGACAAGAUUCGAAUUGUUGUAAAGAUCAGAAUGUAUGCUUGAUCAGAUGAGGAUGAAUCAAGUGCAUAAGGGGACUAGGUUCAGAACCCUGGUUCAAGACAAAGAGGCCGAGACUGGAUUGAAAUUGAGUUCAGCUAAAGAAGGGAUUAAGGGAUAAAGAGAGAGUAUCCUAAGUAAAUGCCGAGUAGGCAUAGUCCUGUCAGGCUUCUACCUCGGCAGACCUGUUUAUCACAAAGUUCACCUUUAUAAAUAGAAGAGGUUUUGCAAUGUGAAAAGCCCCUUCAACUCAACAAACAAUUCAAAACGCUCUCAUAACCCUGAGAAAAAUACUCACUAUCCUAACCCUCUGAUCAACACAUCUUCAGUUUGGUAAGUAAAAACAACACUAUGUUGACAACUGGUGACAUCUUGAGCUUGGAUAAGUAAACAACACUAGGGCCGUAGAAUCAAACGAUUCAGGAGCAUCUUCAGUUUGGACAAGUAAAUAACACCGUUUCUUUUUGGUUCGUUAUCUAUCCAAGUCUUGGCAAGUGAAGAGUUCUUAAUUCUUUCGUCCAAAGAGGUCACUUCAUUAGCUUCUUAGUGAAGUGAAGUGUUCUAUGAUCUGUUACUCUUGUGCACUUCAUAGUUCAACAUUCAGACGGCUGAACCACGUUCACCAUAAAGACACUCAUUUCCUUUGAGUGUCUUUGUCCCUACAGUUUGAGACCGAUUCGGCGCACUUUUUUCUCAUGAAUAUGGUUGAAGCAGCCGAACCUGUUACACAAGAUCUUGAUAAUUAGCAACCUUGUCCUGAGGUUUUAGAACCCUGGGCCAAGAGGUGUUCCUUCCUCGGUCGUAGUUUCUCAAGUGCAGAAAUCAGCAGCCACUCCACACCACCAUCACAUCUAUUCUACUUGCCCGACCGAGCUCGGUCACGAGGUGGCACGCUCGCAUUCACAAGGACGUAGUUAGCUCAACAGUUACUCGACCUGAUUGCCCCAUAAGCUUUGCAAUUUUUAGGGUCAACAGUAUCUCACCAUUUUGGCCUCCCAUACUCACUGGAAACCUGACUCUCUCUUUGCCAACCUUUUUAUGUCUAUUUCCCAUAUUCUUUUCUAAUUUUCGUUGUAUUAACAAGUGGUGUUAUGGUGAGUGCUUUUCAGCCUAUGGCUAUGGAAGGUGGGGUAGUUGUUAACGACUGAUAGGAAAAAAAUUACUGGGCUUUUACUAAACAAAUGUGUAUGAGGGUAAAUUUCUAUUUACGUUAACUGAAAACUGUUUGAAGGAAGUUAAACUAUAGAUCUGAAUCAUCGAUCAAGUGGAUGAUCGUUUGGAUGUGUGUUCUCAAUUGACAGUCUGCAACAUUCUUGUUAGCACUGGAUUUCUUGUGAAAAAAACAUUACCCUGUAGUUGUUUGCCUGGCGUUAUGUAUUUUUGGAAAUUGACGUGUUUGACACCCACAUUCGUGUCCAAUCACUACUCAUGCUCGUGUCCUGAAAUCAUAGCUUUUUACCUAGACAUAUUUGUAGACAUCGAAAUUUCGGUGAAAUGAAUGUUAACCAAUAAUUAAAAUUUCAACGCUUACGUGUCACAUAAAUUUUACAUGU